CAAUAAAUGCUCCCCGGGAGCGGAAGUUCUGCACUACGCAUGAUCCAAGUCAGCGCCCCCUUUCUGCUGUAAACACGUCAAGAGCAUAAACAUGGCUUUGUCAAGCAGACCAUCCAUGCUGAUAUCCGGCACCCUAGGUGUUACGCUGUUUGCUGGUAUGCAGAUGUUCCGUCAACAGCUUGCAUCAACAGAGUACUUCACAAUCCUGGGGGGAUUCUUAGGCUCUGUGCUUUUUAUUUUGGCACUUACUGCUGUAGGAAAUUUUGAAGCUAGCACAUUUGGAUAUGGUUUCCAAGCAAAACUUUUCCCCGAAGUUGUAGGCUGUCUUCUGCUGUCUAUGUUUGCGUCUGGCCUGAUCCAUCGUGUGUGUGUCACAACAUGUUUCAUCUUCUCAGUGAUUGCUCUAUACUAUAUCAACAAAAUAUCCCAGUCAACAUACGCCCCUCAGGUUUCAGCAACUGUUACACCAGCCAAGAAGAAGAAGUAGAUGUUUCACAGGGAAAGGUUUACAUUUGAUAGUCAUUUAUCAUGUUAUCACAACAACGGUAAUAAACAUGUUUAUUAAA